AUGAGUCUCACAGGGAGGCAGCGCAACAGUGUGAGAGCCACUGAGGUGACACAGGAAAAAAACGCAACUCUUGUCAGUGAAGAUGAACGGGCACUUAAUGUCCACACCACUGUGCUUCCAGUGAUAGAUGGCACAGGUUUUGUGGUGCGAUUGAUUGCCACUGGGCACAAAAUAUUUAACCUGCCCAGUCUUCAGUCUUAUUUAGACAUGGAAGAUUUAGGACUAAAAUUUAUCAAGAUAAAUGGGAUGAACAGUCAGAGUAAAGCAGUUUCUACUGUUAUUUCCAAAGUGGCUUUAUGUACUUCCUGUGCAAAGUUGCUGAAAUGCAUCAAGAACUGGAUCCCAGUGGAAUGCAAAAGGGAAACGGUUCAACUCGUGAAACUAGCGGGACCUGUGUUCAUUUCACAAUUGAUGAUCUUUCUCAUCAAUUUUGUCAGCGCAGUGUUCUGUGGUCAUCUCGGUGAGAACGAGUUUGCAAGUGUGGCGUUGGCAAUAGCGAUCAUCAACGUGACUGGUGUUUCAGUUGGAACCGGUUUGGCUUCAGCCUGUGAUACCCUCAUAUCUCAGACGUAUGGGAGUGGAAACCUAAAGCGUGUGGGAGUCAUCCUUCAGAGAGGAGUUUUGAUCCUGCUCCUGGCCUGUUUCCCCUGCUGGGCUAUCCUCAUUAACACAGAGCCCAUGCUACUCGCUGUCAGACAGAGCCCAGAGGUUGCACGACUCUCCCAGCUGUAUGUCAAGAUCUUCAUGCCUUCUCUGCCAGCUGCGUUCAUGUACCAGCUGCAGGGGAGGUAUCUACAGAACCAGGGUAUCAUCUGGCCUCAGGUGGUAACUGGAGUCAUUGCAAAUGUCCUCAAUGCAGUUACCAACUACAUACUGCUCUUUGUGAUGGACAUGGGAGUUGUUGGAUCUGCAGCAGCAAAUGCUGUCUCACAGUUAGCUUUGGCUCUGACGUUGUUCAUUUACAUCUACUGGAAAGAUUUACACAAGGCAACAUGGUCUGGUUGGUCCCUGGACUGUCUGCAGGAAUGGGGUCUGUUCACCCGGGUGGCUGUUCCCAGCAUGCUUAUGCUCUGUCUGGAGUGGUGGACUUUUGAAAUCGGAGGACUGUUGGCUGGUGUGAUCAGUGAGGUUGAACUGGGAGCUCAGUCAGUUGUGCAUCAGUUGGUCACUAUUACAUUCAUGUUCCCAAUGGGAUUAGGAGUAGCUGCCAGCGUGCGGGUUGGGAAUGCUCUUGGUGCUGGGAACAUUGAAGAGGCCAUUGCAUUUGGCAAGGUCUCCGUCAUCUGUACAUUUGCAGUCUCGUGCUUUGUUGGAAUUAUUCUUGGAUCGUCUAAGAAUGUAAUUGGUUACAUCUUUACAACAGAAAAAGAAAUUGUUCAGCGGGUUGCUGAUGUCAUGAUCAUAUUUGGGUUCUUCUAUCCUGCUGAUGCCAUGGCGGCUGUGACAGGGGGCAUUAUACGAGGAGUAGGGCAGCCGCGGAUCGGGGCAAUCUGUAACUUGGUGGGAUAUUACUGCAUCGGCCUUCCUAUUGGAGUGUCCCUGAUGUUUGCUGCCAAAAUGGGCAUCCUAGGACUGUGGUUGGGGCUUUUUGUUUGUGUCACUCUACAGUCCACAUUCUUUAUCACUUUCUUGUGUAAAUUAAAUUGGAGAAAGGCUGCUGAAGAGGCGAUGUUGAGGGCAGGAGUCCAGCCAACAGAAAAGAAAGAUGUGCUGGCGUGGGAAAACAAAAGACAUGCCCACACUGCUCAGAGAGAGUGCCAGGUCACCAUUAUAUCAUCCAGCAUCCUGAGCUACGAGGAGUGCAACUCAGACCUGCAGGAGCUCAGUCCGGCCUGUGAUGGAGAGACAGCCGGUGCUGCAGUGCCACGGUCUCGGCUGGACAGACAGCUGGUGCUGCGUCGUGGCCUGACCGUGCUGUUCAUUGUGCUCACUCUUGCAGCUGGGAUAUUCACCAGCGAAAUGCUUCUCAAACUGCUCAAAUGA